GCCCUGUUUAUCGCACACCCCUUCCCUCCGUCAGGACGCCUACAGCACACGGCGUCUCCAGGAACCGCCUCUGAGGGCUCCUCGCGACGUGGUGAUUUUACAUUAUUUUUUCGAGCCGACGCGCGCCCGGCGGGCGCCGGCGGCAGCCGGACCGGGGACCCAUCCAAAAAAACAGGCGACGGCACGUUCGCGACGCCGGCCCGAACGCGCCCGAAACGCGAGGCCGCUCGCGGCGGACGCGGCGCGGAAAAAGUUGGACGCGCCGUCGGCUGCGGCCCGCCGCCGCCCGGGCCCGGCAGGGUGCGCACGGCCGAGCUGGCCAUCGCGAGGGCGCCCGCCACGGAUGCGGGCUCCGCCCGCCGCGGUCCCACCAUGGCCGGGCCGGUUUCAGCGGUUGACGCGCGGGGCAUCGUCGGGCCGCCCGACGCGAGGGCGGCGCGGGAGAGCGACGCGGCGCCGAACCUGUGGCCCGCGGCCUCCAGAGGCGCGGUCCGGUGCGACCGAGCCGCGGACGCGCUUGGGCGGCCGUCACACGGCGCGUCAGCAGGGCUCGGAGCGCUCACGGGCCCAAAACGCUAACUCUGCGCGCGCGCGGCGCCCGCGCUCGCGGAAAGAAGCGUCGCGCAGGUUCUAGGUCGCCGACGGCGGCCUCGACGCGAAAACUGCGUCCGUAAAGGGGGCACUGUCCCCUUUUGGCGGCCGAUCGGCUUAUCUCAUGAGAGUGAACCCGAACUCACCCUAGGUUUGAACAGCGGCCUGCUACGCCUAGCUAUGGAUGAAAGCACGUUCUUGUUCACUUCGGAGUCUGUUAGUGAAGGUCAUCCAGGUAUUCCCUAUAACGAUUAGAAUUUACCAUAAUACUUUAUGUGUGUGCAGAUAAAGUUUGUGAUCAGGUGAGUGAUGCUGUGCUCGAUGCAUGCAUCAAGGACGAUGAAACUUCCCGAGUAGCCUGUGAAUGUUGCACCAAAACUGGCAUGAUAAUGAUAUUCGGUGAAAUCACUACAUCAGCAACUGUCAACUACGAGGCAGUAAUUCGUGAAACACUUCGAGAGAUAGGGUAUGAUGAUCCUGCCAAGGGCAUGGACUAUAGAACUGUUAAUGUGAUAGUUGCUGUCGAGGAGCAGAGUCCGGACAUAGCCCAGUGUGUGGAUGCUACAAAAAUCGAAGAGAUUGGUGCCGGAGACCAGGGCAUCAUGUUUGGCUAUGCAACCGAUGAAACGGAAACCAAGUUGAUGCCAUUGACCCAUGUGCUUGCAACACAACUCAGCAUGCGACUUACAGAGGUUCGUAAAACAAAACUCUUGGACUGGGUUCGCCCAGAUGGUAAAACACAAGUUACCUGCGAGUACAAACUUAAGUCUGGACAUCCAUUGCCCCAACGCGUGCAUACUGUUGUGAUUUCAACACAGCACACUGAGGUUGUUAGUCAAGAGCAGAUACGUGAAAGCUUGAUGGAGCAAGUUGUGCGGGCUGUUAUUCCAGGAAAAUAUAUGGACGAUGAUACAAUUUAUCACAUGAAUCCUUCCGGUCGAUUCAUUGUUGGCGGACCGCAUGGAGACGCUGGUUUGACUGGUCGAAAACUUAUCAUCGAUACAUACGGUGGAUGGGGUACUCACGGUGGUGGAGCAUUCUCGGGCAAGGAUCCGACCAAGGUAGAUCGUUCUGCUGCGUAUGCCGCUAGAUGGGUAGCUAAGUCCCUUGUGAAUGCCAGACUUUGCCACCGUGUUCUAGUCCAAUUAUCAUACGCCAUUGGCGUAGCUUAUCCUUUAUCAAUACAUGCAAAUUCCUACGGCACCGGACCUGCCUUGAGUGGCAAAACUGACGUUGAGCUGGUGGAAAUCAUAAAAGCUAAUUUUGAUCUACGGCCUGGUUGCAUAGUGCGCGAUUUGCAGUUGCGACGGCCAAUGAUGCAAAAGACAGCUGCAUAUGGUCAUUUUGGUCGCGAAGAUGAUUUAUUUACCUGGGAGAAACCUAAGGAGCUAUCCUUUUGACCCUCACACCAUCAAUAGCCAUAGCUGCAGGAUAAGGGUUAAGCUCCUGCGGGUUUCUGGAUCUUCUUGAGCCCGCCCCCGGUAUUUGAUGCAUCUCACCCUCCCCCACCGUGACAGCUGUGCCGGCAUGGCACGCAGCUCCGGAUGCCCACCACACAUGGAGCGCGUGCUGGGCAAUAAGCCAUCAAUAGCCAGCUAACCAGAUAACGCUGGCAGGAGCCAUAAAAUCGAAAUUCGCCCUGCAAAUUCGCCCCUAUUUACUAGUCCGACUUGGCCUACGUGUCGCUUCGGGGUUUGGGCCUACGUGUCGCUUCGGAGGCGCAUUGGUGCCGCCAGCGCGUGUGGAGGUCCUAGUGACUCGUUUGCGCCAGGCGUAAAGAGCGCGCGUCGAAAGCUAGCCGCCUCGGCGGUCUGCGAGUGCCCAACUUGAAAGCUGCUACGAAUAGCGCAGCGGCGGCUGAGAUAGUCUGCCAGAGAGCCCAGGCUACCUUUAAAUACAAUACUAACUUGAA